AGUCCGAUGUCUAGUCACUAAGCUUGUUGUUCAAACGCCAGCCAGCCUGUGGUGGCUUUUAUGAAGCCAAUAGAUCUGCCUAUCACAAGUGUGUAAGUACUACGGGUUACGUUGUUUUGAUAAUCGCACUCCACACGAAAAAUGCACCGAAGUGAGAGCACUAGUACGAGUGAAGCAACGGAUACGACCACUGAAUGCGAGACUCCUGACGAAGAUUCAACAGAACGACCCGCAAAAAAACGCACAACUGCUAACCGCAAGGAAAGAAAACGUACUCAGACUAUGAAUUCAGCAUUCGAGGAUCUAAGACAGCACAUACCGAAUGUCCCUGUCGAUACCAAGUUGUCUAAGAUAAAGACAUUACGACUUGCUAUCAGCUAUAUACGAUAUCUUAACGAAGUUCUAGAAGAAACUAAAGAUGGGAAACCAUGUACUCGGAAGAACUUCGUUGUAGAAAUGGCUUUACAAAGCGACAUGAAAGAGAAAAGAAGAAGAGAAGAGUGUAGUGCGGAUUUGUCCCCAAGAAAACGUGGACGGACAGGAUGGCCUCAGCAAGUUUGGGCAAUGGAGCUGAGACAGUAGUAAUUAAAGCCGUGGGGUCUCUCAAUAAACAGAAUGGCUCGAUUCUUCAUAGUAAUCAUGCACAACUUUGUCUUCAAAAGAAUGAGUCCAGUUGCCAGCAUAUGAGAAUACAGUAAUGUUGAAUACAUGACUAAAUAAGACCUGUACAAUGUUGGCCAACACAUCUAAAUCACUUAUACUGCAUGUCUAUCACGAGCUUAUCUCCACGAUCACUGAUUGAUACAUAUGAAGGUGCAGAGGGAUUAGAAUACUUUACUUUUCGUGUACAACAAGUGAAUAUCGACCAAGGAAAUGACAAAACAAAAGAAAUAAGUUGAAAUCCACACAUGGUUUGGUGGAUUAGCCUCACCCAGUGUAUAUACCGACAUAUUUAACAGAAUUGUAAAUACACAACCACUUCACUUGAUCAAGUUCACUCAGUUGUUAAAGUGACUGCACCGCCUCUGUAUGUGACGAUAUUUCAAUUUGUAAAUCCUCAAUCAUAUUUGGUAUAUAUUAUAUAUACAUCAGUCCAUAUUAGACAUGUAUAGCAAUCAAACAAGAUGCACAUAUAUGAUGUUGAAAAGAACGUCUUUGACUAUGGCUCCUGACUGAGGUAUUUAUAUCUACAUAUGGAUUGCACGUAGUGCAUCAACUCAUUUGUCCAUUUGUACAGGACUAUCAGACAAUCAAUGUGCCCAAAGUUGCCAGUUAGGAAAAAAUGGAAUUUCGAUUAUAUCCAAAAUGUGGCUGACCUUUUAUCUAUAAAAGAACCAUCUUCGUUUUCAAGCUGUGGAUACCUUAACAAUAGUAAUACCUUUUUUAGUUGACUUGAGUCCUCUGUCGGUCGUUGCUUGUCAUGGUUGGAUUUAUUACAACUUCCGAGAACAUGGAAUGAAAAAUUAGAGUAUAUAAAAAGUGAACUUUACUUUCUACUUAGAUGUAGUUACAAGAAGUGAUAACAAUGAUUGAUUAGAGGGCAGGCAACACCACACAAGACUGAAAAAUUAGAGUAUAUAAAAAGUGAAUUUUACUUUCUACAUAGAUGUAGUUACAAGAAGUGAUAACAAUGAUUGAUCAGAGGGCAGGCAACACCACACAAGACUGAAAAAUUAGAGUAUAUAAGAAGUGAAUUUUACUUUCUACAUAGAUGUAGUUACAAGAAGUGAUAACAAUGAUUGGUUAGAGGGCAGGCAACACCACACAAGACUGGGGUCGGCAAUAUAAUUCUAUCAAUGCAACUCCGUACCUAAUUGAUUGUACAAACUGAUAAUGUACACAAACCUAAUUGCAAAUACAAGCAGAAUGGUUUGAAUUACGAUUCCUGGAAAAAUCAAUACCAUAUCUUCUUCUUUGCCAAAACCUUCGAUUCCAAACCAGUGCCUUUUUCCAGUUAUACGUUUAUUCGUUACUUAGGACAAGCAUUGUUUACCAAGAUGAGUGUGGCUCUUGUGAGCGUAAAUGUGUUUUUAUUGUUAAACUUGUACAUUAUUUACUUAGUCGUAAAUAUGAGCAUGUCAUGAACUGAAUGAGUCUAUUGAAAGAACAUGCUUCCAUCUGAUGCCAUGUACUCUUAAUACCUAAGAAACCUGCAAGUAUUGUAGCUUAGUAAUAACCUAAAACAACAUCUCCAAAGACAAUCUAAAGAAAAGAUCUAUGUAUUAGAGAAUGUUUUAUUGCCACAUACAGUGGAUUGAUCCACCAGGCUAUUUCACAGUCCACAACUUGGACUUUUUUUAUGGUAUUUAUGUUAAUAAAGAGUUGCAGUGGAGUUGUA